CGUGCGUGCUUGCGCUCGGCGGCGGCGGCGGCGCGGCGUAGCGUCCCCUGCCCCGAAUGAAAGGGACGGUCCCUGCGAGCGAGCGGCCGUGAGAGACCGGCGGCGACGGGGGGUGGGGGUGUGCCCGGGCGGCUCCUCUCCCCGCCGCCCCACCCGCCGCACGGCAUUGAGAGCAUUAAAGUGGCAUUCUAAGAGCAUUUAAAAUCAUGACAAGCUCAGUUGGACAGAAAAAAGUCUCUUCAAGACAAAGGAAGUGUGGUUUUUGUAGAUCUAAUAAAGAUAAUGAAUGUGGACAAUUAUUGAUGUCAGAAAACCAGAAGGUGGCAGCACAUCACAAAUGUAUGCUGUUCUCAUCUGCGCUGGUAUCUUCACACACUGAUAAUGAGAGUCUUGGGGGAUUCUCUAUUGAGGAUAUUCAGAAAGAAAUCAAGAGAGGCACUAAAUUGAUGUGUUCCUUAUGCCAUUGUCCUGGAGCAACCAUUGGUUGUGAUGUGAAAACAUGCCACAAGACAUAUCACUACUACUGUGCUCUGCAUGAUAAAGCUCAGAUAAGAGAGAAACCCUCACAAGGCAUUUACAUGAUUUUAUGUCGAAAACACAAGAAAACUACGCAUAACUCUGAAGCAGAUUUAGAAGAAAGUAUCAACGAACAUGAAUUGGAGCCUUCACCUCCCAAAGGAAAAAGGAGGGGUCGUAAGGGAAAGCCAAGAAAAACAAAUUUAAAAGGGCAAUCAGAAGACACUAGAUCCACAUCUUCACAUGGCACAGACGAAAUAGAAAGCAGUUCCUAUAGAGACAGGUCUCCCCACAGAAGCAGCCCCAGUGAUACAAAACCUAAAUGUGGAUUCUGUCAUGCAGGUGAAGAAGAAAAUGAAGCUAGAGGAAAGCUUCAUAUAUUUAAUGCCAAAAAGGCUGCAGCACACUAUAAGUGUAUGUUGUUUUCUUCUGGCACUGUCCAGCUAACAACAACAUCAAGGGCAGAGUUUGGUGAUUUUGAUAUCAAAACUGUACUUCAAGAAAUCAAGAGAGGAAAAAGAAUGAAAUGCACGCUUUGCAGCCAGCCUGGUGCUACUAUUGGGUGUGAAAUCAAAGCCUGCAUAAAAACGUACCAUUACCACUGUGGAGUAGAAGACAAAGCUAAAUACAUUGAGAAUAUGUCACGAGGAAUUUAUAAACUCUAUUGUAAAAACCAUAGUGGAAAUGAUGAAAGAGAUGAAGAGGAUGAAGAAAGAGAAAGCAAAAGCCGUGGGAAAUCAGGCAGUGACCAUAAUGACAUUCCUCAGCAGCAGCUCAAUGGAAACUAGGUUCAAGGGACAGAGUUAUAGAACUGGGAAUGGCUAAGACAUCAUAACUACUAAUUCUCUUAAAUUGUUUUCUAAAAACCAGAAAAGGGUUAGUAACUUUUUACUACCCAGCUCUGUUAGAAAUUUCAUUGAACUGCCUGAAACGUUCAUGUGUGUGAGCCUUCAGUAAGUGGCAGAGUUUUACAUGUCAAUAUUAUGUAGUUUGUAGUCUGCAGUGUCUGGAAAAAAAAAAAAAAAAAAAAAAACCAAAAAAAAUGAAACACUAUAUAAAUGAUAUGUAAUAUGUACAGUGUCAAAAGUUUAGGCAGACAUUGAAAUGAAGCGAGAUCUAUAUUUCUGGACUGAAUAAAAACCUUAAGAUUUGGAAUGUGUAAGUCGUUUAGUGGAUUCAUGCAAAGAGGGAAGGUCUUAGCUAGUUUAAUUACCAACAUGGACAAAAAAUUGGUGGUGGCAACAAAAUGGUACUUUGUGAAUUUUGCAUUUUCUUCAUAUCCAAGUUCCGGAGGCUAUACAUGGGAAAGCCGCUCUCUGUUUUUGCUUGCAAAGCACACAGUAGAAAAGGACUCAGCGUACAUCGAAGCACGCUUGAACAUUUCAGGUUGUUCCUGUUGUGAUCGCUCAUUCCGCCCAGCAUUGACUGCGGGAGACUUACUUGAGCAGCUGUUGGUUCUGAGCUGUGAGCUUUAGAACUCAUGCCAAAGGGCUGUAGUUCAUUCUUUCCCCAAGGACCCACCUCUUUCUGUGUCUCUGAUUUACAAAGAACACUUCAUUAAGUGUGAUUAAAACCUUAUAUAUAAAUGCUUGGACUCGGAAGCCCAGUUUUGUUUUUUUCUUCAGAGAGUUACAACUCUUAACUCACUAUGGAAUUUAGCCACCAUAUCUGACAUCCAUACCUCAAGUGUUCUGUGUUGUGUGGAACACUUCACGUUUAGCCCAGAAUAUGCAUAGAGGUCCCAUAUUCUGUAAGAAGAGUGAGAAAACAACCUUUUCUUUUUGCUAGAUCGGUAUUUAUUUUUUAACCUUAUGACCACUAUGUGAGAAACUGCUUAUCAUCCUUAGUGUUUUGGUGAUUCAUUUUUUUCUUUUCCUCUACUUUCUGUCAAGUCAGCAAUCACAUCAUGGAAUUCCUCUUUCUGGAUGUUGAUGUUCCUUUAGGGAACGAUCAGAUCUAAGUUAUACCAAACCUAACAGAUCAGUCCUCUGACUGCUCUCAGAAUACCUUGUCAUUUCUAAUGGCUCCAAGCUUCUUCAAUUGGUCUGUUAAAGCACAUUCUCAGACUGACUUAAAUAAAACCAAAAAGCUGAAUCUUGUCCACAUGUUUGUCUGUUGCUAUCACACCGCAUUAUUUAGGGUUCUGACUUGUUUCACUCUGAACUCCCUACAAAACUCUUAGGUUUGAAAGAAGGAAACAAGCAAAAUACACUGAUUUGACUAUAAACUGCUACAAUUCUUCUGUGAUUGGUAUUGCAAAAACAGUUCAUUUUGUAACAUGAGUUUCUGUAGCAUUUUUUACUUGUAUUUUUAAAUAAUAUAACGUGUGUCAUUGUCUUCUUAUGCAUUCCCUUAAUGUCUUGAGGGACUCAAUUACUGUAUAUUAGACUUUCUAACAUUUUACCUGUUAGAAUUCAUUCAAUUCUGUUUGCUUUCCUGGAGAAUAAUACAGUUUUGGAAAGAAAUAUUGCUGUGUACAGAAAAUACUCAGUUACCGCUCUAAAUAUGAUGCCAUUGAUCAUUUUUAUUUUGUAUUUGUAACUUUCAGAAUUAAAAGCGUGACUUGAAUUGCAGUGACAGAUCGAUUAUUGAAAUUGUCUACCAAGGUGUUUUGUUUCUUUGAGAAUACAAACAGUUUUUCAGCCACUCAGUUUUAGAAUGCAAAAUAACGUCCUUCAGCAUUUAAAUGACUUCCAGAUUUGUGCCUCAGCCGUGGCCCUCCCAUGAAAUAAAGGCACUUUGUUUGCAUCUACUGUAUUUUUAACUAGGGUUGGAUGACAGGUGCAUGGGGGUAGGUCUGCCAGCAUACGGAUUGUACUUGAGACUGAGCUCUAAUUCAUGUCGUGUCCGUUGCUUACUAUAAUAUUCAGUCCAGCAAUUCAUCCGCUGUGAAAUAAAUUUCCCCAUUUCAUGCCUCUGAGAACCAGAACAGCACUUUACCUUCGGGUAGCAGAGAAGUGGCUGGUUACCUGUUACCUCCUUGUGCUGAGAUGGCCUGACUAAAUCGUCAUUAAUCCAGAAUUCAUGAAAAUAAUGUCAAAAGCAAAAAUCUUUUCUCUCUUACAAACCUCAAAUUUGUCAUAACUGACUUUGACUUAUGUAUGCUGGGUAAAAGUGCCUUACAGUGUAAAAAAUUGUAUUUAUAUGUUCCCAAGUAGCAUUACCUGCUGGGGAGUAAUUAUGUUGUGGUGUUAAUAUUUAGAAGAAAUGUACCUCAGCAGUGUAUUUACUGUACAUCUCUUAUGUCUUUAAUUAAUUGUAGUUUUUAAAAGCAUGACGAUGUAUGAUAGUAUACAACAUUUACAUUAUUUUUUUUUCUUUUUUUUUUUUUUAAGACAAGAUACUGCCAUUACUGUCUCUUUCUGUGUAUUUUAGCUUGGAAUUUCAGACAGUCUGUCUGAGGGGUUUUUUGUUUGUUUGUUUUGGUCAAGUAAUGUAAUCUUUGCAAGCAUAUAUUGAAGAAUAUUCUGGAGCAUCUACUGCCUUCCCAGAAAUGUUAGAAGUAAUGGAAGUGCUCUAUAGGUGGAAUAGAUACGUUUAAACUAGCUAGGUAAAUUAAUGCAAUCUAUUUGUUAAUGAGAUGGGUUUUGGUUGGUUUUUUGUUUUGUUUUGUUGUUGUUGUUUUUUUUAUAGGCACCUUCUGUUUUCAUCUCACAAUCAGAACUCUUGAAUUUAACAAAACUUGUCUUACAAAACUGGUUUCACUUUGAUUUUUAUUUUUUUUUUGGCCUUUGGGCAUUUCUUUUGCUCACGAGAGUAAUCAAGAGUAAUGUGUGCUGUUAAAGUCUCCUGGAAUCCUAUGGAAUGGAGGUUUCUCCCCAACUCACUGUAUCUCUAUAUUAACAGAUCUGCGAUCGUGCUAUACCAAGAAAGGACUGUACCAAGGAAGGACAGGCAUCAGAAGGGUAUUGUUCAAAUUACUUGAGGAUACAGCUGGUGUAAUGCCAAAGUCCCAAGGCAUGAUCAAACACCAUAGCAGUAAGCUGUGAUAUUACUCCAUUUCAAAGAAGGGCAAAAGGAUGGUUCAGUACCAGCAUCUGUGCAGCUAACUAGGAUGAAACAGAUUAGGUGAUCUAAAGCUCUGCUUAUUCAGCAGGUGUUGAUCCACAGGAGGUUCUGUGAUAAAGCUCUAGUAGGAGUUACUCCAGAUUAUUGCUGCCCUCCAGGAGUUAAGUCCAUCUCCUACACUCCACAAAGCCUGAUCUUAAGGUACAAAGAGCUGUGCUGAUCUGAAAUGAUAGAUUAUACUGAACUGGCUCUAAAUGUCUGGUAUUUAGUGUACAAGAAAUUGAAUACAAAGGAAGAGGGCUUGCUUCUUACUGCUGCCUGUAUGAGGUAUGACUGUAGACUGAAGCAGAGUGAAAGAUGAAGUUGUGAUAAUGUAUUUGAAAUACCAGAUUUAUCUGCCAGGUGAUAAUCAGUGCAUUCCAAAAAUAUUAAUAUGCUGAAUCAGACUGACAAGAAAAUGAAUCCUCAUUAGACGAAAUUAAUCUGAAUAGGACUGAAAGUACACUGUAUUAAAUAGUAGCCCUUCUUCCUUGUCACAAAGAAAAGAUUCCACUGUAUUAGUGAUGGAGAUUUAAAAAAAAAAAACAACACGGCUCUUGAUUUAUGUACUUUCUGAAGCCAACUUCAUAUAUGCAUAUGUAUGCACAUUCAUUAGUCAGCAGUGACAUCUCAACCCUUAAAGGAUCCUGGAGAACUGUUUCUUGUCAAAAAGCACUCAGGUUAGGAUAACAUUUGCAGCUUUUGCUCUAGCAUACAUUAGGUGUAAAGACAAGGAAUGUGUAAAAGGGGGUAAAUGCAUUCCUAUCUACAAUGUUAUGUAUAUUUUGUUCCUGUUAUAUUGGCUUUACUUCCAAAGUUGUAGUUUGCAGUAUUAGUUUCUUUUUAUUGGUAUCCUUGCAUAUAUAUAUAUAUAUAUAUAUUCAAUAAAUGAGUUAUGAAUUUCA